CCUACCUACAUGCGGACAUCGCUAUUGAGUGAAUGCUGCUUUGAGGGCGUGAAUGGUCUGCUCCCGUCCCGCGGUCUGUCUGUCUGUCUGUCAUCGACACACGCGCAUGGGCGACACCCACAGCCACACAGUCGUUCGUUUCCUUCUGUAUUGAUUGCUGUCUUUGUACGAACACGCUGACACUGUGGAUGAACGGUCUACUGACUCAGGCAUGCACACGCACCCACACACCCCAGACACUAAUCGUCCAUCCAGUCCAUGCAUCCAUCCAUCCAUUCAAAAACAGCAGCCAUCCAGCCACUCACUCAGCCACCGCGUAACUGCGCUCUCCUGCAUGCCAUCCGUUCAGUUUGUUCACUCACGCGCUGGCAAUCUGGUCGACCCCCGUUGCGGCCACGGGGACGAAUCCGUCCUCAUCCACCCCCUCAUCCUCCUGUUCCUGCUGCUGUGGCCCGUCCUUCAUCUCAACCACUGUCAUUUCCUCACCCAGCUGCUGGGGCGAGCAGCACGUGACGCAGAAGACGUUCUUGGGCGGCCGAUUGGCUCGGGUUGUGUUGCCACCAGUGGGGGUGGUGAAGGUGAGUGCGCGUGUGAGCAUGGUCCAGAGGAUGGAUGUGGAGCGGGUGGUGUCGCGCGAGGCCGUCGCCGGCUGACGCACCACCACGCCUUUGUUCUUCUCCAAAGCCUCGUCAACGUCCUCUACCUGAAACCACAUCGAGACGCAGAAAUACACACAGGGAAGGACGCAAGGCGGUGUCUCGUGUCACAUGCCCACGUACCUGCUCGAAUGUGGCCUGAAUCACCUCCUUCAUGCCCGCGUCCUCAGCCGUCAACUCCCCCCUGAUCGCAUACACGGACCAGCAAUGGACAGAUCAGCAACCGACAAAUCGAGAAUGUCACCUGUCGAUGCGCUCAGCGAUGCUGGCCAUCUUGGGCCCCUCCUUCCUCUCCCGCAGCUCCGUCUCCACCUCGUGUUUCUUCUGCCGGUAGAUGUCCGAGUAGUCCUUUUGCACCAAAGCCUCGCUUGCCGUCAACACACCCUUGGCCAUGGACCAUCGGCCAAAGACGGGCGUCUCGUCGCCGGCCUUCUUCUUAUCCUCGUCAUCGACCUCGGGGCGCAUGUGCAGCGGCAGCUCCAUACGCAGGGGGUAGAACGACAGCCUGAAGGAAAGGAUGCAUCACCAGGCACCAUGCCGUGCGGCUGGUCAUUGCAGAAUGGACUCUCAGCAAGAGGUCUGGUCUUACGGGUAGCUGACGCGCUCCCCAUUCCUGGAGGGCUUCUGUAUGAAACUCUCGGUCUCCUGCACGCCUGCCAUCCUCCUCUGAACCAAAAACACCAACUGUCGCCAG